AUGAUGCAGUUCCUCUGCAGCGUCGCCAGCGCUUUGCUCAUCCGCUCUGCUGCAGCGGUGAGCAUCUCCGAGAUCAAUGGCAACAAAUUCCUGUCGCCAUACGCCGGCCAGAGUUUGACCAACAUCAGUGGGUUGAUCACUGCCAAGGGGUCCACCGGGAUCUUUGUUCGAUCCACGGCUCCGGACAAUGAUACCACCACAUCCGACUCAGCUUUCGUUUAUAGCACCAGCUUGGGCAGCUCGCUCAGCGUCGGAGAUAUCAUCACUUUCGAUGCCAGAGUGAGCGAGUACAGGUCUAGUGGCUCCACUUACCUCUACCUGACUGAACUCACUUCACCUACAAAUGUCGUUGUCAUCUCGAGCAACAACACGGUCACUGCCCUGGUGAUUGGCGAGGAUACGCUCAACCCACCCACGGAGCAGUUCUCCAGUCUUGAUGGGGGCGAUAUCUACGCCAUACCCAAUGCUGUUGCCAAUAUUUCAUCGGUGAACCCGGUGCUUGAUCCAGCAAAUUAUGGUCUUGACUUUUGGGAGAGUCUCAGUGCUGAGCUAGUCACCAUCAAGAAUGUGACAAUCAUUUCGCGCCCCAACUCGUACGGAGAGACAUGGGUCACGGGCGGAUGGCCGGUGACUGGCCGCAGCGCAAGAGGCAGUCUGACUAUGACGGCCCUGGACUCAAACCCUGAGGUCAUCAAGAUUGACGAGCCUCUCGACGGCACAAGCAAUCCGGCGUCGCCCAAGAUCGGAGACAAAGCAACCGACAUUACCGGCGUUGUAUAUCAGCAAUUUGGGUUCUACUACAUCAUUCCCCUGACGGCGUACGAGCUCAUUACCGUUGCAGAGGAAGCUGCGCCGGCAACGACGCUGACAAGCACGCGAUCUUGCGAAGGAAUCACCGUCGGUGACUACAACGUGGAGAACCUGGCGCCGACCUCCACGAACUUCGACAAGAGGGCAGACCAUAUCGUCAACUAUCUCGGCGCGCCGGACUUGAUGUUCGUCCAGGAGAUCCAAGACAACAGCGGGCCGACCAAUGACGGUGUGGUCGACGCCAACGCCACCCUCACGACUCUCGUAGACGCCAUCGCGGCCGUCAGCAACAUCACCUACUCCUUCGUCGAGAUUGCUCCAGUCGACGGCGAGGACGGCGGCCAGCCGGGCGGAAAUAUCCGCGUGGCCUACCUCUACCGCCCUGAGGUGUUGAGCUUGUACAAGCCGAACACUGGCGACAGCACCACUGCCACCGAGGUCGUGUCCGGAGAAUCUGGCCCGGAACUCACCUUGAACCCCGGCCGGCUCGACCCGGCCAACCCGGCCUGGGAUGCCACCCGCAAGCCACUGGUAGCUGCAUGGCUUGCCGAGGGCGCGACGAAGCCGUUCUUCACGGUGAAUGUCCACUGGAGCUCCAAGGGCGGCAGUUCGAGUCUGCAGGGUGAUUUGAGGCCGCCUGUCAACGGCGUCGUUGGCAACAGACUGCUGCAAGCAAAUGUCACAGGCCAAUUCAUUGCGGAAAUUCUCGCCAUUGAUUCCUCUGCAGCCGUCAUAGCCGCAGGCGACUUCAACGAGUUCGCCUUCGUUGAGCCGCUCACAGCUUUCGCCGAUAUCUCUGGCUUGACCGAGCUGGAUGAGGUUGUCGGCAUGCCUGUUGAGGAGCGGUACACGUACACGUAUGACAUGAAUACUCAGGCGCUUGACCAUAUGUACGUGAGCCCGGGGCUCGAGGAGGGUGCUGGCUAUGAGCACAUCCAUGUCAACACUUGGGCAGCUGAGGACGAUGUUGUGUCGGAUCAUGACCCGAGUGUUGCGCGUUUUGGUGUAUGCGGUGCGUGA